CAACAUUGGAUAUGCCCUCAUACAAACCGUGGAUUGAAGCAGAUGCUUUCUAUCUUGCUCCCGGCCAAUCAUUCUGAAAAGAACAAACUUUCUCAUUCAGAGUUGAGAGGGAGUUCUCUGGACUGUACAACAAGAAAUGCUGCAGACCAUGGAACUAAAGUGGCUGCUGUGUGCGACAUUGCUGAUACUUGGAUUAGUUGAUGUCCAGACACAUGAUGAGGAAGAUGACCAUGGUGAUGAUGUAAUUGAUAUUGAGGAUGACUUGGAAGAUGGUGUUGAGGAGGUAGAAGAGACAAAGCCUGAAGCCAGCAGCCCUCCUCCAUCCCCAAAGGUUACCUAUAAGCCCCCAGUACCAACAGGAGAGGUUUAUUUUGUGGAAAACUUUGAUAAGGGAACCCUGGAAGGAUGGGUUCUUUCGAAGGCCAAGAAGGAUGACACAGAUGAUGAAAUUGCAAAAUAUGAUGGUAAAUGGGAAGUAGAGGAAAUGAAGGACACUAAACUUCCAGGGGACAAAGGACUUGUACUGGUUUCCCGGGCCAAGCAUCAUGCGAUCUCUGCCAAACUGACAAAACCCUUCAUAUUUAAUACCAAACCCCUCAUUGUACAGUAUGAAGUGAAUUUCCAAAAUGGGAUUGAGUGUGGCGGUGCCUAUGUGAAGCUGCUAUCUAAAACCACCGAGCUGAACCUGGAUCAGUUUCAUGACAAAACUGCCUACACAAUCAUGUUUGGUCCUGAUAAAUGUGGAGAAGAUUAUAAAUUACACUUCAUCUUUCGGCACAAGAACCCCAAAACUGGCAAAUACGAAGAGAAGCAUGCAAAGCGUCCAGAUGCAGAUCUGAAGACCUACUUUACUGAUAAGAAGACCCACCUCUAUACUCUGGUCUUGAAUCCUGAUAAUAGUUUUGAAAUCCUGGUUGAUCAGACUGUGGUGAAUAGUGGGAAUCUCCUAAAUGAUGUGACUCCUGCUGUGAAUCCAGCCCGAGAGAUUGAGGAUCCAGAUGACCAGAAACCAGAGGACUGGGACGAGAGACCCAAGAUCCCAGACCCAGAUGCUGUUAAACCAGAGGAUUGGGAUGAGGAUGCUCCUGCAAAGAUUUCAGAUGAUGAUGCUGUGAAGCCAGAAGGUUGGCUGGAUGAUGAGCCAGAAUAUGUAGCUGAUCCUGAUGCAGAAAAACCAGAGGACUGGGAUGAGGAUAUGGAUGGAGAAUGGGAGGCACCUCAGAUUGCAAAUCCCAAAUGUGAGUCAGCCCCUGGCUGUGGUACCUGGCAACGACCUAUGAUCGACAAUCCCAACUACAAAGGCAAAUGGAAGCCUCCUAUGAUUGAUAACCCCAACUACCAGGGAAUCUGGAAGCCCAGGAAGAUCCCAAACCCAGAUUUCUUUGAAGAUCUAGAACCUUUCAAAAUGACUCCCUUCGCUGCUGUGGGCCUUGAACUAUGGUCAAUGACCUCUGACAUCUUCUUUGACAACUUUAUCAUCUGUACAGACCGAGUUGUGGCAGAAGAUUGGGCCAAUGAUGGUUGGGGUCUAAAAAAGGCAGCUGAUGGUGCUGCUGAGCCUGGUGUUGUGGGCCAGAUGAUGGCAGCUGCUGAAGAGCGUCCCUGGCUGUGGGUAGUGUACAUCCUAACUGUGGCUCUUCCUGUGUUCCUUGUUGUCCUCUUCUGCUGUUCUGGAAAGAAACAGCCAAGCGCUGCAGAGUACAAAAAGACUGAUGCUCCUCAACCUGAUGUGAAUGAGGAGAAAGAGGAGGGAAAAGACAAGGCAGAUGAAGAGGAGGAAGAGGAGGAGGAAGCAGAAUCAAAUGAAGACAAGCAGGAAGAGAAGCAAAAGAGUGAUGCUGAUGUUGGAAGUGCUAGUCAAGAGGAGGAGGAGGAUGAGGAGGAAGAGGAAGAAGAUGGAAAACCCACAUCAGAGGAGGAAGAAAGCAUGAAUAGAUUGAAAAAAUCAUAAGAACUUCAUCUAUGAUUAUAGUUUCCCCCAACAUGGUUCUGGGAGAGGACCUUGGAUACCUUAUGUUGAAACUCAGACAAACCUCAAGACUUCACCAUCCGCAGGUUCCAGUCACACUAUCCAAUGUAACUGAGUGUCUAGCAGUAAAAUAUUUUCAAUCAUCUGUUUAAAAAGAACACCAUUCCUGUAGAAAGAUGCAUUUAAUGUAAUGGGCUGUGGAUUUUGGAAUGUAACAAAACUAACCUUUUAUUUUUGUUUUUAAAUAGAUUGGUAGAACUUUGCCAGUCUCUCAACCUUAGCUUAAUUUAAUGUAUUAAUCGAUCAAUGAAAAAUAACAAAUCUAGAAAAAUGCUAGUUGAUGAAAUGCAGUUUUUAUAACUUUUUUUUAUAAACAUGGAAAUUACUGGCAAUGCCUGUAUAUCCCUUAAAUUUGGUCAUCAUGUUAGCUGUCAGUGGCUACAGUGACUUUUUUUUUUUAAACCCUCUCAAAUAAGGAAAUUAGGGAUGGGAAGGAAGUUAAAGUCCAAGAAACUAACUAAGAUGUGUUAAUAUUCCCAAGAAAGCCCUCUCAUUUACUUGUUGAGGGAGAAGCAUAGGUAGGCAAUGAAAUAAGCACGUUGCCCAUGGCUGUUGCCCAGUUAAGUGUUCACAAUUGGCUUAAGGUAGUGGGGGUAGGUUUAACUAUGGUACUUAGUCUUGCAACACUCAGAGGCCGGAUAUCUGAUUUCUUUAGUUCUUGAGCUCUUCACAGAAGGCAGUGGUUGUUCGGGGUUUUUUUGUUUUUUUUAAAAUACUUUUCCCCUCCUCCGGCCCUAGCUUUCUCUGCUACUAUGCAGCUUCUUCAGAGCGUAGGUUGGCCUCCAUUGCUGAAAACUGCUUUAUGCUUGGCUCACUAUCAAACUUUUAUAGGUGUGGUUUGGGUUUUUUUUUGUUUUUGUGGGGCAAAAAGGUGUUUUUGUUUUUUAAGCUACACCUACUUCUUUCCAGGGUCCAAACACUGGAUACGACAGUGUCCCUAAUCUCCUUAUUGUUGCCCUGUAUGUAAACUCCUGCAUAGAGACAGGGAGGUGGGAAAAGAAUAGACAAAUAGACCUAAAGACUCAUAUCAGAAGCAAAGAUGUCAGUAUUUGUAGAUGGGGAAGGAGCACAUGGAAUAACCUACUUGGUAUGUGUAACCAUUUGAGUCUUUCAUCUGCUUUUCAUGUAACAGUUGCAUUCUAAAUUAUAUUGUGAAUAUAGGGGGUUCCAAAUCCAGUUAAAUAAAUUUUUUUUUUAAAAAUGUCA